GAGAUUGGAGAAGAGAUAACCUUGUUGCCGUAUGAUUAUGAUAUUAACAAUAACGGUGGCAACGGAAGAGCUAGAGAAUCCGAUAGAGGAACGGAUGAUGCUACCGGUAAUGUUGAAAAGUCUACGGAGAAUAAGGAUCAAGUAAAAAGUGAUGCAGAAGGGCAUUUGUUACCAGCUGAUCAAACUGAAGACGGCGGUAAUUUUACAACAACACCAAAAACUGACAAGCCGGAAGAUGAUAGAGGAGAAUUUGAUAAUGAUCAUGGUGAGGAAGCAGAACUGCCUGGAUAUGACGUAUUACCACCACCACCACCACGUCGGCAAACAGAGCCUGUAGAGCCAGAAGAGCCAAGGCAACCUGACAAGUCUAGUACACCUCCGGUACUUCCACAUUCGGAACCAAAACUUCCACAACCAGAUGUAGACCAAUCGCCAGCUCCAGUUCAUCCUCAAGAUUUACCAGAACCUUCUCUUCCUUUUCCACCUCCUCCUCAUCCUCGUAAUCAUCAUCCACAACCGGUACCAGCAUCAACAGGAUCUGAAGCAUGCCAAGUUAUUGCUACCGGUAUGAACAUGGAAAUGCAACAGUAUGCAUCAUUACUUGCUAAUGAAGCACUUACACAAUUUCCAAAUCAUAUGAUGGCAAUUGCGCGUCAUAUUAUGGUGCAUUUUGAGGAACGUUAUGGAUCACCGUGGUGUUGCAUUGUUAGCAAUGGACAGUUGGGAUUCUAUCUCCGUUACGACAGACAGAAUUACAUUUAUUUCGCAUUAUCACGACAUACCAUUUUUCUCUACAAAACUUUUACUUCAUAA